UUUUUUUUUAUUGCAAAUCUUUUUCUCUCUACUCGACGCCCAUCCCCUUCUACCUCACGCUGUUCCUUCAAUUACGAUCACAAUUUAUUAAAACUUUAUGACAACAGAUUCCAAACAAAGGGGGCAAAAAAAAAUCUGAUCUUUUAUGGUGGGCACGCACGUUUUUCACGGUAGAUUUGGCCGCUUGUACCCUUCCACCGGUUCAAAAUCUCUUCACCGAUGACUUGGACUUACGUUUGUUUACGUCUUUGAGUGAUACCCACGUGGGGUUUGUGUUUUUUCAGAGAUAAAAAUGGAGGAGAAAAAAGGGAGAAAUGGAUGCAAUCCGGUGAAGAAGACGGGGCCUGUGACGAUGGAACAUGUUUUGUUGGCUUUAAGGGAGACUAAAGAAGAGAGGGAGCAGAGAAUUCGUAGUCUUUUUAAUCUUUUUGAUAAGAUGAAUUGUGGGUAUUUAGAUUAUGCCCAGAUUGAGGCUGGCCUUUCUGCUUUGAAUAUUCCGUCGCAGUAUAAGUAUGCUAAGGAUUUGUUGAAUGUUUGUGAUGCUAAUAAAGAUGGACGUGUUGAUUAUCAAGAAUUCCGUCGUUAUAUGGAUGAUAAGGAGCUUGAACUUUAUCGAAUUUUUCAAGCCAUUGAUGUUGAACACAAUGGUUGCAUUUUGCCUGAAGAGCUUUAUCAUGCGCUGGUUAGGGCAGGGAUUGAAAUUGAUGAUGAGGAGCUUGCACUUUUUGUUGAGCGUGUGGAUAAGGAUAAUAAUGGAGUUAUAACGUUUGAAGAAUGGAGGGACUUUCUUUUGCUUUACCCUCAUGAGGCAACUAUGGAGAACAUUUAUCAUUACUUUGAAAGGGUAUCUUUUGUUGAUAUUGGAGAACAGGCAGUUAUUCCUGAAGGUAUCAGUAAGCAUGUCCAUGCAAGUCGAUAUUUGAUUGCUGGAGGAGUGGCCGGAGCAACAUCUCGCACUGCAACUGCUCCUCUUGAUCGUCUGAAGGUUGUUUUGCAAGUGCAAACAACAAAAGCUGAAAUUAUGCCAGCAGUGAGGAAUAUAUGGAGGGAAGGAGGUAUCUCAGGAUUUUUUCGGGGCAAUGCAGUAAAUGUCUUUAAAGUGGCUCCUGAAAGUGCUAUCAAGUUUUACACUUAUGAAAUUUUGAAAAAUUUCAUAGCAGAAGCUAAAGGUAUUGAUCAGAAAGAGAGCAUUGGAGCCGUAGGGCGCCUUUUUGCCGGAGGUUUGGCAGGUGCUGUGGCUCAAACUGCCAUUUAUCCAAUGGAUCUUGUGAAAACCCGGUUACAAACUUAUGUUUGUGAAGGUGGAAAAGUUCCUAAUCUUGGAGCAAUGUCAAGGGAUAUUUGGGUUCAAGAGGGACCCCGUGCAUUCUUUAAAGGUCUUCUUCCAUCACUUCUUGGUAUCAUUCCUUACGCUGGGAUUGAUCUUGCUGCAUAUGAAACCUUAAAAGAUUUGUCCCAGAAGUACAUUCUUCAUGACAGUGAACCUGGUCCUGUUGUGCCACUGGGAUGUGGGACUAUUUCUGGAGCUUUAGGAGCAACAUGUGUCUACCCAUUGCAAGUUGUUAGAACAAGAAUGCAAGCUCAAAGGGAAACAGGCAGUGCCUAUAAUGGAAUGUCUGACGUAUUUAAGAGGACUUUUCAGCACGAAGGGUUUAGGGGGUUCUAUAAAGGGUUAUUUCCUAAUCUGCUCAAAGUUGUUCCGUCUGCAAGCAUUACUUACUUGGUUUAUGAGACCAUGAAAAAAAGUCUGGAUCUGGAAUGAAAACAAAUGCUGCUAUAUUUGCACGCUAGGAUUGACAUGGCUGACUAUUCAAUUGAUAUAACUGUGGGAAUACCUCGUGAUACGGAUAGUGAGAAGAAGAAUAAAGUUUUCUAAACGAAUAGAUUAUAUUAUUGUUUCCGUUACAUUACAGAUUCUAUUUCAAGCAUCAAACACAUUGAACAGGGAAAUUUGGAUUCUGCAUUCUGGGUAGUAGCUUGAAGCUCUUUCAAGUGAAUAAGCAUUUGCACAUAUUGUUUGUAUGAUGCAAAAGCAUACAGAACAAACACCACAUAAAAUCCAAAUUGUAAUUUUUUUGUGGCAAAUUUUAUCAAGAAUCUAAAUGCCACGGCUUCUUUACCCAAUGCAUGUCAACUCUGAUUAGGUCAAAUAUUAUCUCGGCCUAAUUGUAACAGGAACUUUCCUUGAGAAAUGAAAACCUCAUUCUUUC